CGGACCACUCGGGACCACGCGGGACCACCCAGGCCCCGCCCAAGACCCACGGGAGCGCCCCCGCCGCCACCGAAGCCCUCGAGCGCUCCCUCGGCCGCUGUUCAAACCAGCCGGAGAGGAUGGAUUGGGGCACAUUGCAGACUAUUCUGGGGGGUGUCAAUAAACACUCCACCAGUAUUGGAAAAAUCUGGCUGACCGUCCUUUUCAUUUUUCGAAUCAUGAUCCUGGUUGUAGCUGCAAAGGAAGUGUGGGGAGAUGAGCAGGCUGACUUUGUCUGCAACACUCUGCAGCCUGGGUGCAAAAACGUGUGCUAUGACCACUUCUUCCCCAUCUCGCACAUCCGGCUCUGGGCCCUUCAGCUGAUCUUCGUGUCCACGCCAGCUCUCUUGGUGGCCAUGCACGUGGCCUACCACAGGCAUGAGAAGAAAAGGAAGUUCAUUAAGGGAGAGAUAAAGAGUGAAUAUAAAGACAUCGAAGAGAUCAAAAACCAGAAGGUCCGAAUUGAAGGGUCCCUGUGGUGGACCUACACCAGCAGCAUCUUCUUCCGGGUCAUCUUCGAAGCUGUCUUCAUGUAUGUCUUCUACAUCAUGUAUAAUGGGUUCUCCAUGCAGCGUUUGGUGAAAUGUAACGCCUGGCCUUGUCCCAACACAGUGGACUGCUUUGUUUCCAGGCCCACGGAGAAGACUGUCUUCACAGUGUUCAUGAUCGCAGUGUCUGGAAUUUGCAUAUUGCUAAAUGUCACUGAAUUGUGUUAUUUGCUAGUCAGAUAUUGUUCUAAAAAGUCAAAAAAACCAGUUUAACACAUUACCUAGCUAUUAGAUAAAAGAUAGAAAAGGAUGAGGCAACCUGUACUUAGUUGUCAAAGUCAAGUCACCAGCAUUUUCCAAGGUCAAGAUUUGUAUCUAAAGCGCAUCCAUUUGAAACUCCUGCUGCUCUCACGUAAGCUCCAAGGCCUCUGCUGGCACUCGCUCGGCCCGAGAGCAAGGGCGCGCUCGAGGCCGCUACUGGCUUUCACUCACAUUACUUCCAGUGAAACCCCGUGCUGGCAGGGGUUAUUGGUGUGAGGUAAUUUCAUAUUUUGAAGAAAGAAUAUCGACAUUUGUUUCUAUUUCUUUGAGGAAAAGAGAGAAACGCCAGGUCCUAAAGAGUCUGCUGAGAAGGGUUGGUUACUCCUCUUGGGGUUCCUUUUGCCAUUUUCCCCUGAGUUAAAGGUAAACACAGAGAAUCUUGGUUCUUUUAUUGGCGUUGGAAGUUCUGGUCUUUAAUGAUGGACAUCAUCGAUGCUUCAAACUCUGUCAUACUUUUUAAAAGUGAACACUUGAAAAUAUAUUCUUUUGAUCUACAAGACAUUCUGAAAACCAUUCAACAUUCCUCCUAUUUCGAAGGCUCAGAUAGUGAUACGUAAAUGGUGUGUAAUUAGAUACUAUCAUGGAAAUUAAAAUGUGGCCUCUCAGUUAUGAAUAAUUUGCAGGGCCACGGCAUUAAUUGGUACGUAGUCCACAAAAGCAUUAUAACUUCUCUCACAUGGAACAAACUAGAAGUUCUUAGUGAUGGCUUGAUAGUCAGUGGCCUCAUUUCACAACUUUAGGUGUAAUUUUUCAGGGGAAAUAUAGACAAUGUAUCACCAACUCACACCGACUAUAGGCUGGCUCAAGACACCCUAUUUCAAUGUUUGCCUUUUCCAUAACUGGCAAAGAGUAGGAACACUGAUUUAAAGCAGUUGUUUGGGACUAUUUUGUUGCCACAGUGCAAAGCAAAACGGGGGCAAGGGGUAGUUACUAUUUUUAAAUAACAGAUGGAAAGACUAGACUAAAUUCUGGUGAUUAAAAAAUGAGUUUCGUCUAUUUCAAAAGUUCGUUUGCUUUCCUUUUCAGCUUCCAAUAUUUUAAAGUGAGAUUAGAAUUAAUAGACAUUUUUAAAAAUGGACACUACGGCUUAGAUAAAUAUUUAGCAGUUCUAUAGGCCACAUUGAACCUUAAUAUUAUUAUCCUGGUGCUUGACUUGGUUUCCAAAAAAUUGUACUCAACAUUCUUCAAGGAGGGUAAACAUUUUUCUUUU